CUUAUCGAUGGUAUUUAAAUUAUAUUUGAAUAAUUGUUAUUUAUAAAUGGAUGGGCUAACAUUAAUACAGCUACUUAGAUCAGUUGCACCUGUUGUUUAUGCAGUUUUAUAUGUCUUGGUUCUUUAUAUUCCUUCAAUCAAUGUUAAUCUAGCACUUAGAGACACACCAGCUAUAAUUCGAUAUCGAAUAAAAGUAAUUUUAUAUUUUUGUGUUUUUUGUGGAUUAUCAACAGCCUGGCUAACGAAGCCAUCCAAUAAAGAAUAUUUUCCACAUGCUUUCUUUAUCUUAGGAAUUUGGCCAUGUAAUAUUUGGGAUGUUGUACGGCCAGUGAUUUUAGUUUUUAGUUUAUUUUUGGGACCUUUUGUGAAGAAGACUAUACUUUUAAGUGAUCCAUCUAUAACACGUCGUAGUGCUACAUCAUCUUCAAUUGAUCGCAGUGUUAAAUACUAUAUAAACUGGAGAAAUUAUGUAGUUGGACCAUUCAGUGAAGAAUUUAUAUUCAGAUCAUGUAUGAUUUCUUUGUUACAUCAAAAAUCAGUAUUAAAAAUAAUUUUAAUAACGUCUAUUUUAUUUGGCUUGGCACAUAUGCAUCAUUUGUAUGAAUAUUAUCGGUCAUUUCCAAGCAAUAUAAAAGCCGGUAUUUUUGCAUAUCUUUUUCAGUUUUUUUAUACAAUGGUAUUUGGAUCAUUCGUAUCGUAUUUAUAUAUUUCCACCCAAAAUCUAUGGUCAAUAGUAUUAGUACAUUCCUUUUGUAAUUGGAUGGGAUUUCCGCAAUUAUAUGGUUUAGUAGGCUCUUCAAAGCUAAAAACCUCGAUUUAUUAUACAACAUUAUGUCUUGGUAUUGCUGGAUUUAUUGUCUUUUUUAAACAAUUUACGCAACCAUCUUCGUCUAGUAAAGUAUUUUACGGCUAAUUUUCUUGAGAAAAAUGAAUAAUUAAACGAUUAUUUCAUUUUAAU